AGAAAAAAAUCGAUGAUAAAAUAUGACUUUGUUAUACAGAACAAUUUGUACAUCCGGAAAAUGAUUUUGCUCACAGUUUUAGGUUUCAUUUCAAUCUUUUUGACAACGCAUACACAUGCUGCGAGAGAGAAAGAUAAUAAGUUGUCACAAAGAGAGAGGCGUUAUCUGACUCCUAUUCCCAUCCCUGUUUUACCUACCAGCAUAGUAAAAACAACCUCCGAUCGUUUUGCUUUUCCUAUGCAAUUUUCUCACGUACAAUGCAUUCAGGACCGGAUUCGGCGCACCUCUUUAACACGGGAAGGACUAAUGGAACUCUUUGUUUACAAUGGCGGGAAAUUCCAACCCUCGUUAAUGGCGACGGAUGAGAAAAGUGCACUUUCAGAUUUUCCAAACCUUCUACCUAUUGGCCAAUUUAAGAAAACCUAUAUUAAGGACGUAGAUAGACCAGUUUCCAAGCAAAAGCUUAUAGAAGAUCUGGAUAAAUGGGACACCUUUUUUAGAUCCGCUCCUAGAAUGAAUCAUCAGAUUACGCCAGAGGAAAACUCCCAUUUACAGAGUGCAAUAAACUACUUUGGCUUAGAAUUAGGAGAUUACAUUAUAAAAAAUAGAAUUGAUCCCAAAUACAUAAUUAAAUUCAUAAACGAUCAUGAUAUUGUUCAUCAUCCCCAAAUCCUCAGCUACAUCAGGAAGCCUGCUCACAGAGGGAAACGACAGACCGCAGAUAUCAGAACAUCCUACUGUCAGUACAGAGGAAACAAAACAGAUGCUGGAUUUAUUAAUUUCUGUACUUCAUGUAUGACUACAACAGAUUUGGGAAAGGACAAGUUUCCACGCUAUAUUAACGAGAUUGUGUGCAACGUGGAGCCAUGCCUAACUGUUAAUCAAAAUCCGCAUGGAGCUUGUCAGGAAAACCUUUUACAUUUGACCUUUCUUCGCCGUGCUCCAAACGGCUGCGUCAUGGUCAUCCAGGACACUUCGUUUGGCCAGAGGAAAGUGCUGACGGAUUCUUGGGAAACUUACACUCAGCGUAUCAGAGUCGGGUGUAGCUGCAAGCUUGACAAACGUUCCCGACUAAAACAAACAUUUGGGUUUGGAAAAUAAUGAAACAUUAAGUGCAAUCCUCCUUUGAGCGUUAUGUCAUUGUUAUAUAUAUUUGAUUGCUUUCAAAAUCUUUAUUAUAAUUUUUUUUUGCAAUUCAUUAUGUAUAAUUUAUUAAAUAUGCAUGGUGACAUAUUCGAAUGAAAAAAAUAAAUGAAAUCUAUUCGUUGACACUUUUAACACAAUUGGCAUUAAACAGUUAUAUUUAACGCACUUUUUAACUAAAUAUAUGUACAUUGUAUUUCCGGAACUAUGAAAGAAUUAAGUACGUUAUCUA